AUGAACGCCCUCCCCCUUCUUGAGCCCAGUGCUCCUCUUAGAGCUGUACGCAAGUCCUUCUGCAUCCCACGGGUUGCGCGGCUGCUGCUGCUGCUGCUGCUUCACACUCACACUCGCCCAGCUCUGGGACCUCCUGUGACGGGGAGCCCGAGACUCAGACGAUGGCAAAGCACUGUUGCCCGUGUUCGCACCACUGGUAACGCUGCUGAUGCUGACAGGUGUGACAGCGCCGCUGACAGGACCUACUCUCCCUACUCUUACAACUCCCCUUACAACUCCCCUUACAACUCCCCUUACAACUCCCCUUACAACUCCCCUUACAACUCCCCUUACAACUCCCCUUACAACUCCCCUUACAACUCCCCUUACAACUCCCCUUACAACUCCCCUUACAACUCCCCUUACAACUCCCCUUACAACUCCCCUUACAACUCCCCUUACAACUCCCCUUACAACUCCCCUUACAACUCCCCUUACAACUCCCCUUACAACUCCCCUUACAACUCCCCUUACAACUCCCCUUACAACUCCCCUUACAACUCCCCUUACAACUCCCCUUACAACUCCCCUUACAACUCCCCUUACAACUCCCCUUACAACUCCCCUUACAACUCCCCUUACAACUCCCCUUACAACUCCCCUUACAACUCCCCUUACAACUCCCCUUACAACUCCCCUUACAACUCCCCUUACAACUCCCCUUACAACUCCCUUACAACUCCCCUUACAACUCCCCUUACAACUCCCCUUACAACUCCCCUUACAACUCCCCUUACAACUCCCCUUACAACUCCCCUUACAACUCCCCUUACAACUCCCCUUACAACUCCCCUUACAACUCCCCUUACAACUCCCCUUACAACUCCCCUUACAACUCCCCUUACAACUCCCCUUACAACUCCCCUUACAACUCCCCUUACAACUCCCCUUACAACUCCCCUUACAACUCCCCUUACAACUCCCCUUACAACUCCCCUUACAACUCCCCUUACAACUCCCCUUACAACUCCCCUUACAACUCCCCUUACAACUCCCCUUACAACUCCCCUUACAACUCCCCUUACAACUCCCCUUACAACUCCCCUUACAACUCCCCUUACAACUCCCCUUACAACUCCCCUUACAACUCCCCUUACAACUCCCCUUACAACUCCCCUUACAACUCCCCUUACAACUCCCCUUACAACUCCCCUUACAACUCCCCUUACAACUCCCCUUACAACUCCCCUUACAACUCCCCUUACAACUCCCCUUACAACUCCCCUUACAACUCCCCUUACAACUCCCCUUACAACUCCCCUUACAACUCCCCUUACAACUCCCCUUACAACUCCCCUUACAACUCCCCUUACAACUCCCCUUACAACUCCCCUUACAACUCCCCUUACAACUCCCCUUACUCCCCUUACAACUCCCCUUACAACUCCCCUUACAACUCCCCUUACAACUCCCCUUACAACUCCCCUUACAACUCCCCUUACAACUCCCCUUACAACUCCCCUUACAACUCCCCUUACAACUCCCCUUACAACUCCCCUUACAACUCCCCUUACAACUCCCCUUACAACUCCCCUUACAACUCCCCUUACAACUCCCCUUACAACUCCCCUUACAACUCCCCCUUACAACUCCCCUUACAACUCCCCUUACAACUCCCCUUACAACUCCCCUUACAACUCCCCUUACAACUCCCCUUACAACUCCCCUACAACUCCCCUUACAACUCCCCUUACAACUCCCCUUACAACUCCCUUACAACUCCCCUUACAACUCCCCUUACAACUCCCCUUACAACUCCCCUUACAACUCCCCUUACAACUCCCCUUACAACUCCCCUUACAACUCCCCUUACAACUCCCCUUACAACUCCCCUUACAACUCCCCUUACCACUCCCCUUACCGCUCCCUUACACCGCUCCCCUACCACCGCUCCCCUUACCGCUCCCUUACCGCUCCCCUUACCGCUCCCCUUACCGCUACCCCCCCUUACGCUCCCUUACCGCUCCCCUUAAACUCCCCCCUACCCUCCCCUUACCGCUCCCCUUACCCUACCGCUCCCCUUACCACCAGCUCCCCCCCUUACCGCUCCCCUUACCUACCGCUCCCCUUACCGCUCCCCUUACCGCGCUCCCCUUACCUACCGCUCCCCCUUACCGCUCCCCUUACCCUCCCCUUACCGCUCCCCUUACCGCUCCCCUUACCGCUCCCCUUACCGCUCCCCCCCCCCUUACCGCUUCCCCUUCCCACCGCUACCGCUCCCCUUACCGCUCCCCUUACCGCUCCCCUUACCGCUCCCCUUACCGCUCCCCUUACCGCUCCCCUUACCGCUCCCCUUACCGCUCCCCUUAA